AUGGCUGGUGUCACGGUUGCAUUCAUCUGCCUGGCUCAGGGGACUUUGGCUGCUUGCCCCUAUAUGCAAGGUGGACAAGGUUUCCAGGAGCAGUCAUCUGCGCAUGAGGCAGAGGCCCACGUGAAACGACAGAGUUCCGGUGACAACAGCACGGCCCCGGUCGACACUUUUCUUGAUCAGUUCACGCUCAAUGAUACCGACGUGUACUUGACUUCGGACGUUGGAGGGCCAAUUCAGGACCAAGAAAGCCUGAAGGCCGGAAUCCGGGGACCAACCCUUCUGGAGGAUUUUAUGUUCAGACAGAAGAUCCAGCACUUUGAUCAUGAACGGGUUCCGGAGAGAGCAGUCCAUGCGCGAGGUGCCGGAGCUCAUGGUGUCUUCACGAGCUAUGCCGACUGGUCAAACAUCACAGCCGCCUCAUUUCUCUCUGCAGCAGGGAAACAGACGCCCAUGUUUGCUCGAUUUUCUACCGUUGCAGGUAGUCGAGGCAGCCCAGACGCAGUCCGAGACGUCCAUGGCUUUGCCACUCGUUUCUAUACUGAUGCCGGAAAUUUUGACAUUGUCGGGAACAACAUCGCCCCCUUUUUCAUCCAGGACGCGAUCCAGUUCCCAGAUCUGAUCCAUGCCGUAAAGCCGGAGCCUGACAGGGAAAUUCCACAGGGCGGUACCGCCCACACCACGGCAUGGGAUUACUUCAGUCAACAGCCCUCUGCCUUGCAUACUCUGUUCUGGGCGAUGGCCGGCUAUGGUAUCCCCCGAUCUUUCCGGCACAUGGACGGGUUUGGAGUUCACACGUUCCGUUUUGUGACUGACGACGGCAGUACCAAGUUGAUCAAGUGGCACUGGAAAACCCUACAAGGCAAGGCAAGCCUGGUGUGGGAAGAAGCACAGGUAUUGUCUGGGAAGAACAUCGACUCGAACAGGCAGGAUCUGUGGGACGCCAUCGAGGCCGGCCAGUAUCCAGAGUGGGAACUCGGAGUCCAGAUCAUGGACGAGUCGGACCAGCUCAGCUUUGGGUUUGACCUGCUCGACCCGACCAAAUUCGUGCCAGAGGAGAUCGUGCCAGUCACCAUUCUGGGCAAGAUGACUCUGAACCAGAACCCUCGCAACUACUUUGCCGAGACGGAACAGAUCAUGUUUCAACCGGGCCACAUCGUCCGUGGGAUCGACUUCACCGAAGAUCCUCUACUGCAGGGACGCAUCUACUCGUACCUCGACACGCAACUGAACCGCCACGGGGGCCCCAACUUCGAACAGCUGCCCAUCAACCGGCCCCGGGUGCCGAUCCAUAACAACAACCGGGACGGGGCGGCGCAGAACUACAUCCCGCUCAACGUCGACGCCUACACGCCCAACACGGGCAACAACGGCUCCCCGAUGCAGGCCAACCAGACGGUCGGCAGCGGGUUCUUCACGACGCCCGGCCGCACGGUGGGCGGCAACCUGGUGCGCGAGAAGUCCCCCACGUUCGCCGACGCCUGGUCGCAGCCACGGCUGUUCUACAACUCGCUCACGCCCGCCGAGCAGCAGUUCCUGGUUAACGCCAUGCGCUUCGAGGCGUCGCACGUCACGUCGCCCAUUGUCAAGCAGAACGUCAUCACCCAGCUGAAUCGUGUCGACAACGACCUGGCCGUGCGGCUGGCGCUCGUCCUCGACGUGCCCGCCCCUGCCCCCGACCCGACCUACUACAACGACAACCGCACCGCCUUCGUGUCCAUCUUUAACUACUCGCUACCGACCAUCGCGGCGCUCAACGUCGGCAUCCUGGCGAGCGUGUCGUCCCCGGCGUCCCUGGCCCAGGCCACGUCGCUGGCGCAGUCGUUCGCCCAGGUCGGCGCCUUCCCUGUCAUCGUGGGCGAGGUGCUCUCCGACUUGGUCAAUCAGACCUACUCGGCCGCCGACGCGAGUGGCUUCGACGGCGUCAUCGUCGCCAGCGGCACUGACGCGCUCUUCACCACCACCAACGCCUCCUCUUCCGCCCUCUACCCAGCCGCCCGCCCCCUGCAGAUCGUCCUCGACGCCUACCGCUGGGGGAAACCCGUGGCCUCCCUUGGUGGCGGCGGCGGCGCCACCGUCUUCGGCCCUUCCGUCGCCAACAUCCCCCCCGGUCCCGGCGUCUACACCCUCAACUCGACGGACCUCGGCCCCUUCGUGACCGCAUUUGAGGCCGGACUGAAGACGUUCCGCUUCGUCAACCGCUUCCCGCUGGAUCCGUCUUGA